UAAUAAAAUUAAUUAACGAAAACCAAUUCAAAACAAAUCCAAAUCAAUCUUUAAUUGGAAAAUAGUUCAAACAAACCAGAGGAAGGCAAACUCAUUUUGUAUUUUUGAUACAUAUCUGUCAUAACAAAUUUAUAUCGAAAUCAAAUUAAAACAACAUAAAAAACAUGAUAGGAACGUAUUAUUUCGUGAUAGUGAGCCACAAAGAUAAACCUCUGUUCGAAAUGGAGUUCACUAACAGUAAAGAUCCUAAGAAAGAUGACCACAGACAUUUGAACCAAUUUAUAGCACACUCCGCGUUGGAUUUAAUAGACGAACACAAAUGGAAAACGCCCAACAUGUUCCUGAAAUCAGUUGAUAAGUUUAACCAAUGGUUUGUUUCAGCUUUUGUCACAGCUUCUCUUAUUAGAUUUGUUAUUGUACAUGAUAACAGGAAUGAUGAUGGAAUAAAGAAUUUCUUUAAUGAUAUUUAUGAGGCUUACAUUAAACAUUCUAUGAAUCCGUUUUAUGAAGAGGGUUCAGUAAUUAAAUCAUUGGCAUUUGAAAAGAAAGCUCAAAUGUAUGGGAAAAAGUAUUUGUCUAGCUGAGAUUUUCUACUUUUUUAAUUGUGAUAAAAAUAUUAUGUUAAUUAUGUUUAAAAGAAUUAUAUUUAUUUAUAUGACCAUCUUCAA